UGGAGAGCACCUUGUCCGAACCAUAUUGGCCAGAGAAUGUUCAUGUGCUUUGCAAACAGAAGAUGCCCACCAAGCUCUCCUAGAGACUAUGCAAAACAAGUUUAUUGGUUCACCUUUUCUAGCCAAUGAAGAUGGUGUACUUGGAGGUGUCAUAGUUCUUCGGUCUUGCAGAUGUUCAGCAGAGACUGAAUCAUCCCAGGAAAAGCCAACUUUACUAGUGGAAUUUCUGUGGAGCCAUACAACAGAGAGCAUGUGUGUAGGAUAUAUGUCUGCACAGGAUGGCAAAGCUAAGACUCACAUUUCAAGACUUCCUCCUGGAGCUGUGGCAGGACAGUCUGUGGCAAUAGAAGGAGGAGUUUGCAGGCUGGAGAGUCCAGAAAGCAGCUGAUUCCUCACUUCAUUGCAAAGAAUGUGAAUGACUUUUUGUACAAUAAGGUUUUUUUUUUGUGUUUUAACAAAUGUUGGAAAUUCUACUCUUGUUUUGUACUCCGUAAUGCAACAAUGUGCACCAUAACUUGAGACAAGUGCUGCUGUAGUUUACGUUCUCACUCUGUGAAUGGGGGAAUGUGCAUGUUCAUUUUUCCCCCCAAUAAAAUAGGAACUCUCCCUUGUUGUGCAAAGGUCAUGUAUAAUUAAUGAUUGCAUUUUCAUUGCUUAAUGUUUUAAAAAUAACUGAAAGGUUUUUAAAAAAUUAUUUAAUUUAAAGAUAUGGUCGCAAUUGUCAUUCAUGUUCUAAAUUUAAAAGUAACAAGCCUUUGAAGUGGCUCUGUAGUUAUGCAAAAAAUGGUUAUGGUUUCGAAGUUUCUUAGUGGUUUAAGGAAAUGCAGAAAUGGUUUAAACAUGAGUUGUUUUUUUUCCUCCCCAAUAAGGAGGUUUUUUUUUUUUUUUGUUGAAGAAUGGUUUCAGUGAAACAAACUAGAGCAAUAUUAAGGCUCAAAUUAUUUUUAAAUACUCUUAUAGGUCAUAUCUCUGUUUCCAAACUAAGAUGUUAAUAGCUCCAAGCUGUAUGUAUUGCAAAAAGCUAUAUGAAGAUAAUGUAUCGUAACGCAGUCUUUAUGUAUAAUGGACUAUUACAGUGUAAAUAAGAAAACAAAGUUUAUGGAAAGAUUGGAUAUUAUUCUUUGCUUCUGUUUUAAAUCUAUUUUUGAGAGGUACAGAAAUGAACAUAUUACUGGAUGCGAAGUGCAAUGUGUAUUCAGUGGCUGGUGGGAGAUCUGUUUCCAGCUUUCGUAUUGGGGAAGCAACUUCCCAAAGUCCAGCCACAGCAUGGGUAUUUAUAACUGUGUGUAAUAUGUAUGUACUGUGCAUAAAUUUACUGUAACUCUUUUGAUACCUUCAACAAAACUGCAGUAUCAAACAAUGUAAUCCUUGUCUGCCUCGUGAAGCAUUGGCAGCUGAACUGUCGUGUGUCAGCAGUUGUGAUGCGUUGGCCAGAUUGCCUGAGUCCUAAGAGUGAGUUCUGACUUGCAGCCUUCCAUUCAGUCCUUUUUUUCUUCACAGCACUGGCAGCAAUAGAAGACUUUUGUAAUUAAUUCAUUGUCCUGAUAAGUAUGCCAAAGAGAAAUUAAAUUAAAACAGUUCAUCGUUUUCCCUGGUGGAUAUUUGAUAAUUCUGUUUUCAGAAAUAGUGGAUGAAUAGAUAUUCAGACUGUAUUCGCUUAAUCAGGCAUUGUACUUGCCUGUUUUGUAAUGUUGUGCCUGCCUAUAACAGACAUACUUGACUGAUGAAAUGGUUAUAUUGAUUGUAGUACCAAUCUUUCAUGGAAAAGAAUAAAUUUUUUUAAUAGCCUGAGUAAUUUUCACUGUUACAUUGCAGCAUACU